AUGGACACUGGGAAAAGAAAGAGACUGGAAUUGGAGGAGGAAAAUGUUGGCAAAUAUGUUUGGCCAUGGUGUGGUGUCAUAUUAAAUAUUCCUAAUAUGGCUGUAGAUGAAAAGUUUUAUGAAAAAGAUGGUUUCAACUUACAGGAUGAGUUGACAAAGAUGGGGUUAAGCCUGAGAAACAUCAUCCUGUUGUUCGGCUUGAAUGGUCAUUCUGGUUCUGCUUUAGUGGAAUUUGGCAGGAAUCGGUCGGCGUGGUUCGAUGCCUUGGCUUUUGAUAGACAUUUCAAAUCAAAUGAGCAUGGAAAACUGCAUUGGAAGUCCGAUGAUGACAAGUGCAAAUGUGGUCUUUACGCCUGGUUUGCUAAUAUUGAUGAUUAUCAUUCACAUGGCAUUAUCGAAAACUUUUUAAAGAAUUAUGGAUCUUUGAAGAGCUCCGAAGUUGCGAUAGAAGCUUCUGAUACCGUUGAAUUGCAAGAACAUAAGAAGCUUUUGCAGGAAAAGGAAUGCAACAUUAUCCAGGCUUCUUUAUCCUUAGAAAAGAUGCUGGAUGAGAGUGACAAGCUUCACAAGUCAUAUAAUGAAGGUAAGGAGUUUUUAAAAGACAAUUUGAAGAAUAUGAUCGAAGUGGAUGAUCCUCGUGGUAAAUUACUGCAACUUGAGUGUGAGCUUCAGGGAAGAAAAGAAGAUUUAGAGGAUGCUCAAUCUACAAAUGCGGCUCUAACUAGGCUGCAUUGCUUGACAAAGGACGAGCUCAUAGAUGCCCGUAAGAAGAUGAUAGAUGUUCUAAAAUCAUCUAGAGGCCGAUGCAUGGUUGGAAAUAUUUGUGUUAAAAAUAUGGGAGAACUGCCCAAAGAUGUCUUUAUACAGGCUUGCAAGAAAAAUUGUCGGGGACAAAAACCAGAUCAAAAAGAGACUAAAGAACUCUAUCAGUUGUGGGUUGGUUAUCUUGGGAACCCCCAUUUUCAGCCUUUUAAAAUGGUUCGGUUAACAAUGAAUAUAAGAGAGUUUUUGGGAAACUGUAACAGCCAUAAACGGCUAGUGGAGCAGUUACCGGAGUAA